GAUCGUUAUCGGUGGUUUUUGGUGUACUUGAACGGGUUUUUAUGCGAGUACUGGGAUAAAACGGUGUCGCGGGGAAUCCUCACGAGAAGGAGCGCCCUUUCGAAGGGUAAGACCAGGCAGUGAGUUGUUGGUCCGAUUGACAGAAUGACGACCGACAUCUCGGUGGUGCGCGGGGGUUGGGACCCCACGCUACAACAAGAGAUUGUCGAUGAGUACGAAUACGACGGGGGAAACUCGAGCUCGAGACUCUUCGAACGUUCACGAAUCAAGGCGUUGGCUGGCGAACGUGAAUUGGUACAGAAGAAGACUUUCCAAAAAUGGGUGAAUUCACACUUGGUGCGAUGCUCGUGCCGUAUCGGCGAUCUGUACGUCGACCUCAGGGACGGGAAGAUGCUGAUCAAGCUGUUGGAGAUUCUGUCCGGGGAACGUUUACCACGACCGACGAAAGGAAAAAUGCGAAUCCAUUGUCUGGAGAACGUCGACAAAGCGUUGCAGUUUCUGCGCGAGCAGAGGGUUCACCUGGAGAACAUGGGAUCCCACGACAUUGUCGAUGGAAAUCCACGUCUGAGCUUGGGUCUCAUUUGGACGAUUAUCCUUCGAUUCCAGAUCCAAGAUAUCACCAUCGAGGAGACGGACAAUCAGGAGACAAAAUCGGCCAAAGACGCGUUGCUGCUCUGGUGUCAGAUGAAGACAGCCGGUUACCAUAAUGUUAACGUGAGGAACUUCAGCACCUCGUGGCGCGACGGUUUGGCCUUCAACGCAAUCAUCCACAAGCACAGGCCAGAUCUGAUUCAAUUCGACAAGCUCUCCAAGUCGAACGCUAUCUACAAUCUGAACAAUGCGUUCAACGUAGCCGAGGACAAGCUAGGACUGACCAAACUCCUCGACGCCGAGGACAUAUUCGUCGAUCAUCCGGACGAGAAGUCUAUCAUCACUUACGUGGUCACAUAUUACCAUUAUUUUUCAAAGAUGAAGCAAGAAACCGUGCAGGGCAAGAGGAUAGGCAAGGUGGUCGGUAUCGCCGUGGAGAAUGAUCGUAUGAUCCAUGAGUACGAAAGCCUGACCAGUGACUUAUUGCGGUGGAUAGAGGGCACCAUAGAGGCUUUGGGUGAUCGUAUGUUCGCUAAUUCAUUGGUAGGCGUUCAGUCGCAACUUUCCCAAUUUUCGAAUUACCGUACCGUCGAGAAACCGCCGAAGUUCGUCGAGAAGGGCAACCUGGAGGUACUUCUGUUCACCUUGCAGUCGAAAAUGAGGGCUAAUAAUCAAAAACCGUAUACACCUAAAGAGGGUAAGAUGAUAUCGGAUAUUAACAAAGCUUGGGAGAGACUGGAGAAGGCCGAACACGAAAGGGAAUUGGCUCUCCGCGAGGAACUGAUUCGCCAGGAGAAGCUGGAACAAUUGGCGGCGAGGUUCAAUCGUAAGGCUAGCAUGAGGGAGACAUGGUUGUCGGAGAAUCAACGACUGGUCUCUCAAGACAACUUUGGUUUCGACCUGGCCGCGGUGGAAGCUGCAGCCAAGAAGCACGAGGCUAUCGAAACCGACAUCUUUGCCUAUGAGGAAAGAGUCCAGGCUGUGAUGGCGGUGUCUCAAGAGUUGAAGAUCGAGAAUUAUCACGAUAUAGAACGUAUCAAUGCUCGCAAGGGCAACAUCCUGAGAAUGUGGUAUUACCUUUUGGACCUGUUGCGCGCUAGACGAAUGAGGCUGGAGCUGUCGCUGCAGCUUCAACAGAACUUCCAGGAGAUGUUGUACAUCCUGGACAGCAUGGAGGAGAUCAAAAUGCGUCUUCUGAUCGACGACUACGGGAAACACUUGAUGGGCGUGGAGGAUCUAUUGCAGAAGCAUUCUCUAGUCGAGGCUGAUAUCAACGUGCUCGGCGAACGAGUGAAAGCUGUUGUUCAGCAAAGUCAGAAAUUCUUGGAACCCGAAGAGGGUUACAGACCUUGCGAUCCUACUAUUAUCGUGGAACGCGUGAAACAGCUCGAGGACGCUUACGCUGAACUGGUCGGUCUGGCGGUGAAACGCAGAGUCAGGCUCGAAGAAUCGCGAAAACUCUGGCAGUUCUAUUGGGAUAUGGCCGACGAGGAGAAUUGGAUAAAGGAGAAGGAGCAGAUAGUGUCCACCGGUGAUAUCGGCCAUGAUCUCACCACUGUAAACUUGCUGCUGUCGAAGCACAAAGCUUUGGAGAACGAGAUCCAAUCUCACGAACCUCAGCUGAUGUCGGUGGCCGCGGUUGGCGAUGAAUUGGUUCGACAGCAGCACUUCGGUUCCGAUCGUAUCAAAGAGAGACUCCAAGAGAUCCUCGGCAUGUGGAAUCAUCUGUUGGAUUUAGCUGCGUUCAGACGAAAACGCUUGGAGGAGGCUGUUGACUACCAUCAGUUGUUCGCCGAUGCCGAUGACAUCGAUAUCUGGAUGUUGGAUACUUUGAGAUUGGUCUCGUCGGAGGAUGUCGGUAGGGACGAGGCUAACGUUCAGUCUCUGUUGAAGAAACACAAAGAUGUCACCGACGAACUGAAGAACUACGCGACCACUAUCGAUCAGCUUCAUCAGCAGGCGUCCACUCUAGGCGAACAGGACGCCAAGUCGCCGGAAGUGUUGGAGAGAUUGGCCUCCAUAGACUCGAGAUACAAGGCGUUGAUGGAGCUGGCCAUGCUGCGUAAACAGAGAUUGUUGGACGCACUGUCGCUUUACAAGUUGUUCAGCGAAUCGGACGGAGUCGAACAAUGGAUAGGCGAGAAGAACAGGAUGCUGGACACCAUGGUCCCGGCCAAGGACAUAGAAGACGUGGAAAUCAUGAAGCACAGAUACAACGGUUUCGAGAAGGAGAUGUACGCGAAUGCGUCUCGUGUCGCCGUGGUGAAUCAAUUAGCCAGGCAGCUGUUGCACGUGGAACAUCCGAAUUCCGAGCAGAUAGUCGCCAGACAGAACGAACUGAACCAGAAAUGGGCCGAGCUGAGAGACAAAGCGGAGAACAAACGGGACGAGUUGAAUUCCGCUCAUGGAGUGCAAACCUUCCAUAUCGAGUGCCGUGAAACCGUUUCCUGGAUCGAAGACAAGAAACGAAUCCUCCAGCAGACCGACAGCCUCGAGAUGGAUCUUACCGGUGUCAUGACGCUUCAGCGUCGCCUCAGCGGCAUGGAACGCGACCUGGCGGCCAUUCAGGCGAAAUUGGACGCGUUGGAGUUAGAGGCACAGAACAUACAACAACAGAACUUGGAGGAUCCAACAGUGAUUCGAGACAAGAUCGCCCAGAUACACGCUAUCUGGGAGCAACUGACCCAGAUGCUGAAGGAACGCGACGCGAAAUUAGAGGAAGCCGGUGAUCUUCACAGAUUCUUGAGGGAUCUCGAUCACUUCCAGGCCUGGUUGACCAAGACGCAGACCGAUGUCGCCAGCGAGGACACACCGACCACCUUGGCGGACGCGGAGAAACUUCUUACGCAGCAUCAGAACAUCAAGGAGGAGAUCGACAACUACACGGACGAUUAUCAGAAGAUGAUGGAGUACGGUGAACGAUUGACAAGCGAGGCCGGCGACGGUGACACACAGUACAUGUUCCUCAGGGAACGCCUGAACGCGUUGAAAAUGGGCUGGGAGGAGCUGCAUCAGAUGUGGGUGAACAGGCAAUUACUGUUGUCGAACUCGCUGAACCUGCAGGUGUUCGACCGCGACGCUCGCCAGGCAGAGGUGCUGUUGUCCCAGCAAGAGCACACUCUCGCAAAGGACGAGACGCCGGCGAACUUCGAGCAGGCGGAGCACAUGAUAAAACGGCACGAGGCGUUCAUGACCACAAUGGACGCGAACGACGAGAAGAUCAAUUCGGUGGUGCAGUUCGCCGGCAGACUUGUCGACGAGGGACACUUCGCGGCGGACAAAGUCAAGAAGAAGGCGGAGAGCAUCAACGAUCGUCGACGGAUCAACCGUGAGAAAGCGAAUCAGUGCAUGGAGAGGCUCAAGGAUCAGUUGCAGCUGCAAAUGUUCCUGCAGGAUUGCGAGGAGCUCGGCGAAUGGGUGCAGGAGAAACAUAUCACCGCGCAGGACGAGACGUACAGGAGCGCGAAAACGGUGCAUAGCAAGUGGACCAGACAUCAAGCCUUCGAGGCGGAGAUAGCCAGCAACAAGGAUCGUCUGCAGCAACUGCAACAGGCCGCGGAGGAGCUGAUCCAACAGAAACCCGACCUGGCCGAGAUCAUCAAGCCGAAGGUGGCCGAGUUGGCCGAUCAGUUCGAGGAGCUCGAAACAACCACUCACGACAAGGGCGAACGUCUGUUCGACGCGAACAGAGAGGUUCUGAUACACCAGACCUGCGACGACAUCGAUUCCUGGAUGAACGAGCUCGAGAAACAGAUCGAGAGCACCGACACCGGAUCGGAUCUCGCCUCGGUGAACAUUCUGAUGCAGAAGCAACAGAUGAUCGAGACGCAGAUGGCCGUGAAGGCGAAACAGGUCACUGAACUGGACAAACAGGCGGAACACCUGCAACGUACCGUGCCGGACGACAAGAUGGAGGAGAUUAAGUGCAAGAAGGAGAAGGUGGCCCAGCGAUUCGCGCAGUUGAAGGCUCCACUGAUCGAUCGUCAGCAUCACCUGGAGAAGAAGAAGGAGGCGUUCCAAUUCAGACGGGACGUGGAGGACGAGAAACUCUGGAUCGCGGAGAAGAUGCCACAGGCGACCAGCAACGAAUACGGUAACUCCCUGUUCAACGUGCACAUGCUGAAGAAGAAGAACCAGUCGUUGCGCACCGAGAUCGAGAAUCACGAGCCCAGGAUCAACUUGGUGUGCAGUAACGGUCAGAAGCUUAUCGACGAAGGACACGAGGACAGUCCCGAGUUCCAGAAGCUGAUAUCCGAACUAACCGAGAAAUGGAAGGAGUUGAAGGACGCGGUGGACGACAGGAACAAGCAUCUGCUUCAGAACGAGAAGGCUCAGCAGUACUUCUUCGAUGCGACCGAAGCCGAGUCCUGGAUGAGCGAGCAGGAAUUGUACAUGAUGGUGGAGGACCGCGGCAAGGAUGAAAUCUCGGCUCAGAAUUUGAUGAAGAAACACGAUACGUUGGAGCAUGCGGUUGAAGAUUACGCGGACACGAUUCGCCAGCUUGGAGAGACCGCCAGGCAGCUGAUCAACGAUCAACAUCCUCUGGCUGAUCAAAUUGCUGUUAAGCAAUCACAGGUGGACAAGCUGUACGCUGGCUUGAAGGAUCUGGCUGGCGAACGACGAGCCAAGUUGGACGAGGCUCUCCAGCUGUUCAUGUUGAACCGAGAAGUGGACGAUCUCGAGCAGUGGAUCGCCGAAAGAGAACUAGUCGCUGGAAGCCACGAACUCGGCCAGGAUUACGAUCACGUCACCCUGCUGUGGGAGAGAUUCAAGGAAUUCGCCAGAGACACCGAGGCGAUCGGUUCCGAGAGGGUGGCCGCAGUGAACGGAAUCGCUGACUCGUUGAUCGCCACCGGGCAUUCGGACGCGGCGACCAUCGCCGAAUGGAAAGACGGUCUGAACGAAGUCUGGCAGGACUUGCUCGAGUUAAUCGAGACGCGUACGCAGAUGCUGCAGGCGAGCCGGGAACUGCACAAGUUCUUCCACGAUUGCAAGGAUGUCCUUGGCAGAAUUCUGGAGAAACAGAACGCGAUGUCCGACGAGCUUGGUCGCGAUGCCGGCUCGGUUUCCGCUCUGCAACGGAAACAUGCCAAUUUCAUGCAAGAUCUGUCCACCCUGCAAAGCCAGGUGUCGCAGAUCCAAGAGGAAUCGGCCAAGUUACAAGCCAGUUACGCCGGCGACAAGGCCAGAGAGAUAACGAACCGCGAGGGCGAGGUGGUAGCCUCGUGGAAUAACCUUCAAUCCUUGUGCGAGGAGAGAAGAGCGAAACUCGAGGACACCGGUGAUCUGUUCCGGUUCUUCAACAUGGUCAGAACUCUGAUGAUCUGGAUGGACGACGUUGUACGUCAGAUGAACACAUCCGAGAAGCCUCGAGACGUUGCCGGUGUGGAAUUACUGAUGAACAACCAUCAGAGUCUGAAGGCUGAGAUAGAUGCCCGGGAGGACAAUCUGAUGGCUUGCAUCAAUCUUGGAAAGGAUUUGUUAGCUAGGAAUCAUUAUGCCAGUACUCAGAUCAAGGAGAAGCUGGCGGCGCUCACCGAUCAUAGGAACGCGUUGUUGCAUCGAUGGGAGGAACGUUGGGAGAACUUGCAGCUCAUCUUGGAAGUCUAUCAGUUCGCUAGAGACGCAGCGGUCGCUGAGGCGUGGCUGAUCGCUCAAGAACCGUAUCUGAUGAGCCAGGAACUUGGACAUACAAUCGACGAGGUCGAGAACUUGAUCAAGAAACAUGAAGCCUUCGAGAAGUCGGCAGCUGCGCAAGAAGAAAGGUUUACUGCCUUGCAUCGACUCACUACGUUUGAAUUGAAAGAAUUAACGAGGAGACAACAGGAAUUUGAAGAAGAGGAGAAACGUAAGAAAGAGGAAGCGGCGGCAGCCGAGGCAGCACGAUUAGCUAAAGCAACACCAGUAACUAGUCCGGAUGAACCGCCCAGUGAAAGAGCCGAAGCUGAAGGUGUACAAAGUGGGGAACGUGCAGCCGGAGACGACGAAUCACACGUGGCACAUCGCAAGGCUUCCACGCGUACACCGCAGCCUCAAGACAAGCCCAAGGAAGUGCAUGCUCAGAAACCUGCACGUCUAUCCAUGAGAGGAGAAGCAACACCACCCGCCAUCCCCUCGCCCACGAAAUCUGCGCAAGCUCUGUCCAGUCCGACAACUCCGAAAGGUGGAAGCGGUUCCGAGUCUGGUACAUUAAGACGUAAGGAACGUAGUCGCAGCAAGUCGCCGUUCAGGAGUUUCCGUUGGAGAAAGUCCGCCAAAUCGCCGAGUUUAGAUCGCAGUGGCGUGAGUGACGAUGAACGCAGCAUUUCCGAACAACGAAGUCCCACCGACGACGAAUUCGAAGGUGUACUGCAACGAAAGCACGAAUGGGAGAGCACGACGAAGAAAGCGUCGAAUCGGUCCUGGCACAAGGUGUACAUGGUCGUACGCGGGCAAAGCUUGUACGUGUACACGGAUCAAAAGUCGUACAAGGCCACGCCUGACCAACUGUACAAGGGUGAAACUCCCUUCGAUCUCAGGGGCGCCACCAUUAACGUGCCUAGCGAUUAUACCAAGAGGAAACAUGUCUUCCGAGUGAAGUCGCAGAGCGGAUCUGACUUCCUGUUCCAGGCCAAAGACGACGCUGAAAUGAACGAAUGGAUAUCGGGACUGUAUCAAGCAGCGCAGGGUUCAUCGGGCGCAGGCACGUCCAGGGCGCAUACGUUGCCCGCGCCCACACAAGCCGAGACUAAGCGACGUAGCUUCUUCACUCUCAAGAAAAACUAAACCGGAGCAGUGAAGUACGGUGUAUAAGCCGCUCAGCACAACACACGUUUAAACAAAGAAAUGUUUCGUCGCUCUGCGUGGUUAAAGGCAACGCUCUUACGUAACAGUUUAGGAAAAGACACGAAUACAUGGCCAGCAACGGUGUUUCACGAAAAAAUACGAAAAAACCGAAGGACGACCCUUGCUAGACCAAGUCGUUUCACGAAAACGCCUACAUCUCGACUACUGUCAGCCGACGGAUAAAGAAAACAAAUAGAGAAAAAGUAUAUAUAUAUAUAUAUAUUAAACGAAUCAGCUCUGUCUG